GUUGAAGAGAUGACGCUGGAAUGUUACUGUUUUAGAUCACCGGCACAGCGGGCAUUUUAUGCAUUUGGAUUGUGACAGAAACGAAAGAAUUUGAAUGGCUUCUAAUCUACAUAUGGUAACACCUUGGUUCCUUGAAGUUGAAACUGCUCUCCUCAGCUACCAAUGAAAAUUACUAGCUGUUUCAUGAUUGUAUUCAGCAGUUCCAUGUAAUCAAGUUGCUCAUCCAUCGGGCCAACAGCAUGAUGGAGACCAGGUGAGAAAAAGACAGUAAUGUUGUCCGACAAUCAUGGGUGCUCGUCUCCCAGCAACACGAAGCCCCUGAUCUUCAGACUCAAUGAGAAUGGCGUGGGACCCGAGGUGCUGCGAGACGUCCUCCUCGACAGGGGAUGGGAGGAGUUUGUGGAGGGAGAGAUGGAAGAAUUCGACUGGAACCUGUGGUGGCGCAGCAACCGCUUUCGCCUCUGCGAUUAUGCCGACCUCAUGCCAUGGCAGCGCUUGAAUCACUUUCCCAAGACCAUUGCUAUAACCAAGAAGGACACUUUGGCAAGGAACAUGAGGCGGAUGAAGGGCGUCUAUGGGUCAGCAAUAUUCAACUUUACUCCAAAUGGGUUCAACCUGCCCAACGACUACACCAAGUUUGUCGCAGAGUACUCCAAAAGGCAGCAAGCAGAUAAGGAAUCAGGCAAGAAGACUUUGUGGAUAUGCAAACCUGCUGAUUUGUCCAGGGGGCGUGGUAUCUUCAUCUUCAAAGACCUAUCUGACCUGACGUACGACUGCAGUGCUGUCGCUCAAAGGUACAUCACCAAUCCCCUCCUCAUCGGGGGUUACAAGUUUGACUUACGCAUUUAUGUCUUGGUGACCAGCUUCAACCCUCUGCAGAUCUACAUGUACCAGGAAGGAAUCGUUCGGUUCAGUACAGAGAAGUUUGAUCUGACUUCCUUAGGAAACAUGUUUUGCCACCUGACAAAUACGAGCAUCAACAAGUUAGGUCCUUCUUACACUGCUCACAAGGAAGGUGUAGGGCCUGGGUGCAAGUGGAGUCUCACUAUGCUAAGGAACUACUUCCGUCAACAGGGAAUCAAUGAUGAAGUCAUCUGGCAGAAGAUAUGCAGCAUUGUAACAUUGACAAUGCUGGCUCAAGCCCCUACUGUCCCUGAGACUCCUGGAUGUGUGGAACUGUUUGGCUACGACAUUCUGAUCGACGAUAAUCUUAAGGCAUGGCUUCUUGAGGUAAACUUCAGUCCUGCGCUAGGUUUGGACUGCACUGUGGACCAUAACAUCAAGAGAGCACUCAUCAAUGAUAUUCUUGACCUCAUGAAUUUUGGAGAAGGGGAUGAGAACCGUGGAGGAGAGAAGUUUGUGAAGCUGAAACAGAAGCAGGUGUACAACUCAAAUAGACAAAACUUUGCUGGGAGUGUUCCAAACAAAAGAGUAGUUCUGCCCAAAUCCAGAACAAGAGAUAAAUCUAAUCUUGGUUCUGUUGCAUCUUCAGGGAGAAUCAACAAAGCUGGACCUAAAUCCUCUCUAUCCAAAGUUUCUUCAAGGAGUAGAGUGUCAAGCAGUGAUAAGCUGACCCCUAUCAACAAGGAAAGUACUCAAAAAGUUACCUUAAACCCUGCAUCCCAGAAACAGAUGGCUAACAACUUAGAGGAUGAUUAUGAUGGUGAGAUAGUGGCUGCUUGCAAGCGAACAUCCAGUGAAGUAAGCAUGAAGGAGUCAAAGGCCUCUCAAGGAGAGCAGUCUGGCAAUAAACCUGAAAACUCUCAGUCCAGUAAGCCAGGCAGUGCCUUACAUGCACGUCACAUUUUGCCUAGUCUGGAAGAUACCCGGAAGCAACUCGACAGCAGGAGGGAGCUGAUACGUAGCAGACUUGAGCGAAAGCAUACUCCUAUUUCUUCACCUCUUCCGAGACCUUCCAUCAACUCUCUGAGAAAUCCCUCGUCCUCUGACCUCAUUGCUGACAGAGGGGACGCAAUAUCCAGCAUGUCUUACAGUAAAUCUCAGUCUCAGAUGCCACCACCUUCCCGAGGGUCAGGCAACACAGAAACUUUGCAGACCACUCAAUAUGCAAAUAGAGGAACCUCAAGGAGAGGACCUGUUCCUUCAUCAGGCAACUCGCAGGGAUCGACUUCAGAUUCAGAUGCACGUUUGAAGAAAACUUCCUCUGUGACAAAGCCCUCGACUACCAGAACCGGUUUAAAGAUGGGGGUUAGAGAUGGUCUACCAUCUAUCAUGAGAAAUGAACAGGGAAUGCAGGGCUCCAACGGGAAGGACACUUCCUUUGCUACAAAGAGCAAGUCCUCCCCGUCACCGCCUCAACGGGUCGGAGACUUUGUGCUGACUUUUCCUUUUAACCAGACGACACGCCGUGCCAGUGCUCCUGCUCUUGAUAUCCGGACCAUCAUCAAGGAGACCCAGAAAAUGCUUCGAAGGUCCAUAUGCAGGGCACAGUCCACAAAGCGGUUGACGCAAGACUUGUUACGGGAAAAGCAGGAGGUCCCUGGUGGAACCCUAAGACAAGAUAGAGAAGUCAUUGUGCAAUGGGCCCCUCUGAUAUCACAACCUGUUACAAGUGGUGAAGGUUGAUAGAAACUUUGAGAUCUAUUGUGUUGUAGCAAUGCUGCCAAAAUGUCUCUGCAUAUUUUCUCAAAGAUUCUUCCUAAAUUCUCAACUGAAUGACACCGUAAAAGCAAGAAGCCACUCACUGUAGAAUAUCUUCCAGCCACAAGCUCAGUACUGUAGACUGAUUGAUCACAAUGAACGUGCAGAAAAUACCUCUUUUCCACAAAGAAUUACUGCCAUUUUCUUAUUAUAGUCAAGAAAAAUGACAUGUGGUUGUAUUUCUAUCACGUAAAUGUAUUUGAAUUCAAAAUUGUUAUCUAUGCAGAAUAGAAUCAGAAAUCUUCCAUUCUUAUAUUUACCUCUCUGAAAUUAUAUAGUGAAGAAUAUGAUACUUGUAAUACAGCAAUACUCUUCAUGAUCUUCCUUCAUUUUUGCCGUACUUGUCAAGUAUUUUUCAUUUUAGAAGAAAAAGACCUUAUUAAUAUAUCAAGCACAAACUCUUC